AAAUCCCGGAUCCAAAUUACCGGGUCGGUUAUUGAAUCGGAUCAAAAGAAGUAUUUGUUUCUUCUCCGCCCUUCUGUGCUGAUUCGAGUUCCUCCGGUCAGAAUUGCGCACGCCACAAUCAGCCACUGCUGCAUCGUCGCUGCAGCCUCUUCUUUUUUUCUCUCGACUUUCGAUUUCUUCAUCAUCAUCGAUUUGUGAGCUUAUUUCUCCGAACUUUAUAUCUAGCUUCUUCGUCAACAUUGCCUUCCAGCUUCCAGUUUGCUGCGGUGUUAACUGAGAUUUAGAGGCAAGCUAUUAAAUAAUUGCAAAUGGACGCGGAUGGAUCAUCUGUACCUGAACAUGAUGAGAGAAAUGGUCAUGAGGCAAGAGAUCGUGGGGAAGGACAGGAUGACUUUGGUUAUAGUGGAGCAGAAAAGUCAAGCAAGCAUCGGAGUGAGGAUCAUCGGAAGAGUAGUCGAGGGGAGGAAAAAGACCAUAGAAGUAAAGAUCGAGAUCGAUCUAAGAGACGUAGUGAUGAUGCAUCAAAGGAAAAGGAGAAAGAGGUAAAAGAUUCAGAAAGGGAUCGAGUUCAUAUUCGUGAAAGGAGGAAGGAAGACAGGGAUGAGCAUGAUAAAGAAAGGACUAGGGAGAAGAAAGUUAAAGACAAAGAUUAUGACAGAGAGGUUUACAAGGAGAAAGAAUAUGACAGAGAGAGAGAUAGAAAAGAUCGAGGAAAGGAUAAAGAGCGGGGGAGGGAGAGAGAAUUGGAGAAGGAUAAUGUUCGAGGACAAGACAAAGAGAGGGGAAAGGAGAAAGACAGGGAUAGGGAAAGGGAAAGGGAAAGAGAUAGGGAUAGGAAGAAGAAAGAGAAGGACAAGGACCGAUCAAAUGAAAAUGAAAGGGAGAAGGGGAGAGAGAAACGCAGAGAUCAAGAGGAGAAAGAAAGCUAUCGGAACAUUGAUAAGGACAGAGGAAAAGAGAAAAAUUUGGUGGAUGAUAAGAAAGGAGAUCAAAACAAGGAGAAAUUACGAGAUAAAGAAGGAAUUGGAGGCAAAAAUGAUGAAGAAAGAAUUGAUUGGCUUGCACAUGGGGAAAGUGAUGGUGAGGAUAACAGGGACAGAGGUGUUGAUCAAGGGAAUGCAGUCCAGCAUUUGGGAGGUGAAGAUAAUUCUGAUGGGUUGAAAGUUGGAGCUCAGUCUUCUUCAGCUAUGCUUGAGGAGCGCAUUCGGACCAUGAAAGAAGACAGGCUAAAGAAGCAAACUGAAGAAUCAGAGGUUUUAGACUGGGUUAAAAGGAGUCGUAAACUUGAGGAGAAGAAACUUACUGAAAAAGAGAAAGCCUUGCAGCUCUCAAAGAUUUUUGAGGAACAGGACAAUAUUGAUCAAGGUGCAAGCGAUGAUGAUAUUGCAGCUGAAGAUAUAACUAGUAAUUUAGCUGGAGUUAAAGUACUUCAUGGCAUAGACAAAGUACUAGGAGGUGGUGCAGUUGUGCUAACCCUUAAAGAUCAGAAUAUCUUAGCUGAUGGUGACGUUAAUGAAGAUAUGGAUGUACUUGAGAAUGUGGAAAUUGGAGAACAGAAGCAGAGAGACAUGGCCUAUAAAGCAGCAAAAAAGAAAACCGGGAUUUAUGAUGACAAGUUUAAUGAUGAAAAUGAUGGUGAGAAGAAGAUGCUGCCACAGUAUGAUGAUCCAGCAGCUGCAGACGAGGGCCUAACUCUAGAUGGAACUGGACGCUUUAGUAAUGACGCAGAAAAGAAGCUUGAGGAGCUUCGGAAAAGAUUACAGGGAGCUUCUUCAGUCAAACACUUUGAAGAUCUUAAUGCAUCAGUGAAAGUCUCGCAUGAUUAUUACACUCAAGAUGAAAUGCUUCGAUUUAAGAAGCCCAAGAAAAAGAAAUCUCUUCGAAAGAAGGAAAAGCUAGAUAUUGAUGCCCUUGAAGCAGAAGCAAUCUCCUCUGGAUUGGGUGUUGGAGAUCUUGGUUCCCGAAAUGAUUCUAGCAGGCAAGCACGAAAAACAGAACAAGAGAGAUCUGAAGCAGAAAUGCGACAAAAUGCGUACCAGUCAGCCUAUGCUAAAGCAGACGAGGCAUCAAGAUCUCUACAAUUAGUUCAAAGCUCAGUCAGAUUAGAUGGCAAUGAAGAUACUCUCAUUGAAGAUGAUGAUGAAGACCUCUAUAAGUCGCUGGAGAGAGCAAGAAAAUUAGCUCUUAAGAAGCAGGAGGCAGCAUCUGGACCCGAAGCAGUUGCUCUUCUUGCUACAACAACAACCAGCGGGCAGACAACUGAUGAUCAAAACACAAAAGCAGGAGAGUUGCAGGAAAAUAAGGUUGUUUUUACAGAAAUGGAAGAAUUUGUCUGGGGUCUCCAGCUUGAUGAAGAAUCUCAUAAACCUGAAGAAGAAGAUGUCUUUAUGGAUGACGAUGAAGCACCAAAAGAAGAAUAUCAUGAAGAUGAGAAGGAUAAAGAUGGUGGGUGGACUGAGGUCAAAGAUACUGCCAAAGAAGAACCCGCUCCUGAGGAUAAUGAAACUAUAGCUCCGGAUGAAACAAUCCAUGAAGUUCCUGUUGGAAAGGGAUUAUCCAGUGUACUGAAGCUGCUUAAGGAUCGUGGGACUCUGAAGGAAAGCAUUGAAUGGGGUGGCAGAAACAUGGACAAGAGAAAGAGCAAACUUGUUGGUAUAAUAGAUGAAGAUGAACCGAAGGAAGCUAAGUCAAAGGAUUCCCGUUUAUCUUCUUUGGUGGAUUACAAAAAGGAGAUUCACAUUGAGAGGACUGAUGAAUUUGGGCGAAUUAUGACUCCAAAGGAGUCAUUUCGCCAACUUUCUCACAAGUUCCAUGGCAAGGGACCUGGGAAAAUGAAACAAGAAAAGCGCAUGAAGCAAUACCAAGAAGAGUUGAAGUUGAAGCAGAUGAAGAAUGCAGACACACCUUCGUUAUCAGUGGAGAGAAUGAGGGAAGCUCAAGCACAAUUAAAAACACCUUACCUUGUUCUCAGCGGUCACGUUAAACCUGGCCAAACAAGUGAUCCAAGAAGUGGUUUUGCUACCGUCGAAAAGGAUCUCCCCGGCGGCUUGACACCCAUGCUUGGUGACAGAAAAGUCGAGCAUUUCUUGGGGAUAAAGCGUAAAGGUGAUCCAUUGAAUACAGGCACAAAGAAGCCAAAAAUUUGAGAUAUGCAACUUUUUACCAGAAUUAGUACCAAGAAAUAGAAACCCAUGAUUAGUUUAGUUUAGUUUAUUUUUCUUCACCAACAAGAUGAACUUCGUAUAUUCAAUUUCACAUCCUCAUCAAAUAACAGUGUGCUUGAAUUGUUUGUUUGUUGUAUGAUAAUCGACAACUGAUGAGGGAUUACUCUUAUAAAUUAUGGAAAUUCAUAUUACAAAAA